AUGCCCAGGGUCAAAAGGCCGAAGAUCUAUCUCAAUUUGAGGAUUGAGAAGCCGAAAAUCAAGCUUUCUCGGCGCGCUUCCGACAUCGUCGCUGCGAUCUACUGGGAUAUCAAUAAUCUAUGCUUUCUUCAAGGUGUUAUGUGGCAGAACAAUGACAUGAGGUAUCUCCCAUACUACCAAUCCCAGUGUGACGAGGCACGGAACCUGGUGCGCAUGGCGGUCGACUACAAGAUGAACGCGCUGAGUCCCGCCGAGAAGCAAGUGCGUGAGGUGAGGAACAUCGCGCGUUUUGUCCACAAUGUCGGGUGGAGGGUUCUGGCGAUCUGUGCGUAUACGGAAGCUUUUCGCAGAGCCUGCUUGUUAGAGAUGGAUCGCGACCUGUGGAAAAAGUUAAUUGCUUUAACUCAGGAUAAUUCUGAAAGUCUGGUCUUCUUCGCUCGGACGCGGAAUCUGGACUGGCGUGGUCUGUUGCUUCGGUACUCGAACCACCCCAUCAAUGAGCUCACACAACACUUGACGUGGUUCAAUAAUAAGCGUAUUGGAAGAGAGCAUCCCCACCACUUUGUGCGGACGAUGGGCGGUGUACUGCGCAGGCCAACUUAUCAAGGUCGACUGCAAGAAAACAUUGAGGAGUGUAUAUUUGACCCGGAGGGUUGGAUCAGGGACGGUCAAUACAUGGAAGACCCCAGUGUCCGCGAGGAGGAACAUGGCGAUUGCAAAAUAUGCGGGUCGAGCGAGCGCUGUAAAUGCUCACCGGGUUCUCUUGUAGCAGGCCUGGUCGAGCUGGUCGAGUAUCCCGGCAAGGGAGUCGGAGUUCGAGCGUUGGCUAACUUCAAGAAAGGGGAGCUUCUGGCGGAGUACGUGGGAGAUAUCGUGCGCGCUGAAUGCGGUGACGACACUUAUGGUCUCUAUCUUCAAGACAUCCCCAGCGAAAAGGUGACCGCAUCUAUAUCGAGCCAGUUGAAAGGGAAUUGGACUCGAUUCAUCAAUCACUCCUGUAACCCCAGUACCGAGUUCGCGACUCGGACUAUUGGGAAUCGACUGCGGAUGACGGUAGAAGCGCUCCGGGACAUCUCCAUCUUCGAGGAAAUCACCAUCCAUUAUGGAGAAGGCUAUUGGCUAAACGCUGACCGGGACUGCGUGUGCGGGGAGGUCGACUGCGUUUCAGUAAAAAAGGCACGCAAGGCAGCGAGGGCAGCAAAGGCAAGGGAAAGGGCAGAGAAGGCAAGGACAGAGAAGGCAGAGAAGGCAAAGGCAAAGGAAGAGAAGGCAAAGAAAAGAAAAGAGGCAAAGGAAGCAAAGGAAGCAAAGAACGCAAAGAAUGCAAAGCAUGCAAAGAACGCAAAGGACGCAAAGGAAGCCCGGGGAGGGAUGAGAGCCAAGCCCAAAGGCGACAAUGGCAGGCAGGCUAACGGGAACCCAGUGAGAAGAAGCGCUCGGAACCAAACGAGGGAAAGGACCUACUACGGUAGGUAUAGAUAACUUAGUUAAGGCACCAUCGAGUAGGAAUGCAAG